AUGGCCGAACGCUACAUUCCCGAACAUCGCCGCACCCAGUUCAAGGCAAAGGGUAGUUUCAAGCCUGACGAACUUCGACGACGACGUGAGGAGCAGCAGGUUGAAAUCCGUCGUCAGAAGAGAGAGGAAAACUUGGCUAAGCGAAGAGGCGUCCAACGUGGAAAUGGAGAAAUCGGCAUCGGCGGGCUCGCUGAUCAAGACAGUGAUGACGAGGCUGGCAACAUUGAGAGUGAGCUGAGCACAGAACUGCCUGAAAUGGUACGGGGAGUCUUCUCCGACCAGAUCGAUCUUCAAAUCCAAGCGACCACAAAAUUUCGGAAACUCCUGUCUAAAGAACGAAACCCUCCCAUCGAAAAGGUCAUUGAAACCGGGGUCGUCAGUCGAUUUGUCGAAUUCCUCCGCUCUCCUCAUACCCUCGUGCAAUUCGAAGCCGCGUGGGCCCUGACCAACAUUGCCUCUGGCUCUGCGGCCCAGACUCAGGUCGUGAUAGAAGCGGGGGCCGUACCAAUCUUUGUUGAACUUUUAAGCAGCCCUGAGCCAGAUGUUCGGGAACAGGCGGUGUGGGCGCUCGGCAACAUCGCUGGUGACAGCCCUGCGUGCCGCGACUAUGUUCUUAGCCAGGGUGCCCUUAAGCCUCUGCUCAACCUCAUCGCCGAUGGCCGCAAAUUGAGCAUGCUCCGAAAUGCCACAUGGACUUUGAGCAACUUUUGUCGUGGCAAGACGCCCCAACCCGACUGGAAUACUAUUCAGCCCGCGCUUCCCGUUUUGUCCAAGCUUGUUUACAUGCUUGACGACGAAGUCCUCAUUGAUGCUUGCUGGGCUAUUUCCUACCUUUCUGAUGGUUCCAACGACAAAAUCCAGGCCGUCAUCGAAGCCGGUAUUCCCCGAAGACUUGUCGAACUCCUCAUGCAUGCCUCGACCUCGGUCCAAACACCAGCACUUCGAUCUGUUGGUAACAUUGUCACUGGUGACGAUGUACAGACACAAGUCAUAAUCAACUGCGGUGCUCUCCCUGCGCUUCUGUCACUAUUGAGCUCGCAAAAAGAUGGUAUCCGCAAGGAGGCUUGCUGGACAAUCUCGAACAUCACAGCAGGAAAUUCCACCCAGAUUCAAUCCGUCAUUGAUGCCGGUAUCAUUCCUCCUCUAAUCCACCUGCUCUCCAAUGGAGACUUCAAGACUCGAAAGGAGGCUUGCUGGGCCAUCUCCAAUGCAACAUCGGGAGGUCUGCAGAAGCCGGAGCAGAUUAGAUACCUGGUUACACAAGGCUGCAUCAAGCCCCUCUGUGACUUACUUGCUUGUCCGGAUAAUAAGAUCAUCCAGGUCGCUCUGGACGGGCUGGAGAACAUCCUCAAGGUCGGAGAAAUGGACAAGGAAUCCGCAGACCAGAGAGCCCCCGAAGCACAAGUCAACCGAUAUGCAUUGUUCAUCGAAGAGGCCGGCGGGAUGGAGAAGAUCCACGAUUGCCAAAACAAUGCCAACGAAGAAAUCUACAUGAAGGCUUACAAUAUCAUAGAACGAUAUUUCUCAGACGAAGAGGAUGCCGGCGCUGAUAUUGAAGAACUUGCUCCUCAGGCCAACGCCUCGGGUUUCACGCUUAGCUCUAACCAGCCUCAAGGCCAAUUCAACUUCGCCAACGGCAAUGAAGCGAUGGACAUGUAA